UGUCUCCUUCACCCCUCCUCCCUCCUUCCUCCUUCCUCACCCCGGUCACGCUGUCGUUAGUCGCCGGCUCCCGAGCUCUGAUAAGAAAGCCUCUAAAAUGAAGAUCUGGGCGUCAGAGCACAUUUUCAACCACCCAUGGGAGACGGUGACCAAGGCAGCGAUGCAGAAGUACCCCAACCCGAUGAACCCCAGCGUGUUUGGUGUGGAUGUCCUGAACAGAAACGUGGACACAGAAGGACGAUUACACAGCACCAGACUGCUGAGCACGGAAUGGGGGCUCCCCGCCAUCGCCAACUCAAUCAUCGGAGUGACAAGAACAUGCACUUACGUUCAGGAACAUUCAGUAGUGGACCCCAAACAGAAGACCUUUGAGCUAAAAUCUACAAACAUCUCCUUCACUAACCUGGUGUCUGUGGACGAAAAGCUGACGUACAAGCCGCAUCCUCAGGACCCUGAAAAGACGGUGCUGACGCAGGAGGCUCUGAUCAGUGUGAAAGGUGUCAGUCUGAGCAGCUACCUCGAGGGGCUCAUGGCCAAGACCAUAUCUGCCAACGCUGGCAAGGGCCGGGAAGCCAUGGAGUGGGUCAUCAGACGGCUAAACACAGAAAUCGAGGAGCUGGCGGCCACCGCCCGCGGCUCCAUCCGUGUCCCCAUGGCGGCGGCCGUGGCAGAUAAAUGAUAGCGGCCUUCCUGCCGAGCUCCACCUUCAUGGACCGAUGGACCUCUCAGACAUUUUCCCCUCAGAGGGGACCUCUCCAUCAUCCGCCAACGCAGCCUACUAGCCACAGCCCCAUCCAUCCGACCCGGCGUAUGCUUGUCUGUGUGUGUUUUGUGACAGGAAGACUGUCUGCUCUCCCGCAGCAACACUGCCCUCUGUGGGGAGUGACGGAAAGUGCAGAGCUGAUGACAGUUGAAAACCUUUCUUUUUAACUGAAUUGGACUGCACUCGAAGCUCACAGCACUUAGUCUUGUAAUACGAACGCUCUUUUUACGAAGAAAAAUAAUCACACUGUGCCUCCAUGUCAUCUCAUCAGCUUCCUUUUAUUUUUUUUUUUCCUCUUCUGACUUUACUGUUUCCAGACUUAGGUUAGCGUUUAACUGAAGCUUUUUUUCUCCUUUCUCAGUGCUGACUGUGAUUUUCAUGCUGGAAAACAAACGCCUAUUGUGCCACCAGGAGAAAAUGUAGGAUUUUUCCAGAUUUUUGUAGUCCAGAUUGGUUACAGGUUCACAUUGUUGAUACUGAUAGUUCUGUAAAGCAAUCUGUUUUCACAAGAAUCCCCCAGGUGGACCAGAGGUUCAUUUUACAUCCCUCUAAUAUUUAUUUCUGGUGUAUUCAGCAGUUUCCACUUUGCAUUGGUCUUCUGGUGAGUCUCUCCUCAUCUUUCCUCUCUUAGACAUGAUGUGCUGCGUAGUUCAGUGUUACAGUGCAGGUUUGAAUGUUCAGCUCGCUCAGCUGACGGCGACAGAAAAGCUCUUGAAACUGGCAAAUUAACGUCAACUUUAUUUUUUUGUGCACAACCACAGGAGGAGUGACAUUCAGAGUCGCUCACUUUGCCAACGUGGACUGUUAACAUGAAAGUGACUUUAUUACCCUAAAACACUUUACCAAGUCUUUAUUUAACCGAUCCACUGUGUGUGUGAAGUAGUGAACGCUCACGUCUUUCCCAUGUGACUGAUUGUUAAAAGCUGUUACCUUGUGGUGAUGUUCAAGCAGCAGUGCAGUUUUUGUGAUACUUCUGUCGUCUGCGGUUGUUUCACGGACGACUCGCGCUCUUCACCACAAAUGAAAAGAGAAUUUACAUUGUGACAGUUUGCAGUACAUCUAAGGUAGUUUACAGUGUUAAACUUCACAGGUCAUUUUCCUCUCUCCUCCUGUUGAAUGGAUCUUUUCGUUGGUUGUGUUUUAUCUGUCCUCUCCUCUCUCUGUGUCACCCGGCUCAGGAUGAAUGUUUGGUGAGAGAGCGAAAGUGUUUUUUCUAAGGGGAACAUGUUAAAGAACAGGGCUGUAAAUAGGCUCCUAUUUAUACUUUGGUGGUGUUACAUUCCAAGAAUGUGAACGUGGAAACAGAACCUCAAGAGUACACACUGAAAUGUUUCGAAAAUAAAGAUGUCAUUGUUUCAUGAA